CCGUCAACUAUGAUUUAAGUUGAGUUGUCACGCUGCGUUAUGAUCUUUCGAGACUGAUUGAUUCCAAAACUUAAAGGGGUUUCGAGUUUCAGAGCAAACUGUCCUGGCCUUGCACGUGUAACUUGACUAUAGAGAUGAACGAGUCGGACUACAGCAUAUCUUCGGCGAGCUGUGGGAACGGAAAGCUCCGCUCGUGGCUGAUCGAGCAGGUGGAUACUGGGAAGUACCCAGGUCUGGUCUGGGAAAACGACGACAAGAGCAUCUUUAGGAUACCAUGGAAGCACGCGGGAAAACAGGACUACAACAGGGACGAGGACGCGGCUCUCUUCAAGGCUUGGGCGUUGUUUAAAGGCAAGUUUCGAGAGGGCAUCGACAAACCGGACCCGCCGACCUGGAAGACGCGCCUACGGUGCGCACUCAACAAAAGUAACGAUUUCGAGGAGCUCGUGGAUCGGAGUCAGCUGGACAUCUCUGAUCCUUACAAAGUCUAUCGUAUCAUACCGGAGGGCGCUAAGAAACAUUUCUUGCUAACAGGAUCCAAACAGGAGGAGGGAGGCAGCCCCCUGAGUCCGCUAAGCUACCAUCUGCACCCCCCCUACACAGCCCUGCAGCCGCCGAUGCCUAGCUACAUGCCCAGUGCAGAGCGAAGCUGGAUGAGGGACUAUAUUCCUGACCAGGCCUCUCUUCCAGAACUGCCCUACGCCCAGGGUCCAUACUCCUCCCGCAGCCUCCCCUGGGCCCAGGGGCCCAGUAUGGACAACGGGUACCAGAUCACCGGGUCGUUCUACAGUUACAGCCCCACUGAUGCUCAGCCCUCCCCCUUCACACUGGACACCAGCAUGAGAUCAGCAGAGGCCCUCUCAGAUCUGCGGUUACAUGUGACGGUGUUCUAUCGUGAAUCUCUCUGGAGGGAGGUGACCACAUCUAGUCCCGAAGGUUGCCGCAUUGCUCCCUGCUCCAGGGACGACAAGCUCUACUCCCCCACUGGAGGUCCAGACCUGGUGCCACUGCCGCUGGACAGUCUCCCAACCCUUGGGCGGGGGGAGGACUGCCCACCCAGCCCCCCCGGUGGUACCCUGGAGAGAGGCGUCCUUUUGUGGAUGGCGCCCGAUGGCCUCUAUGCCCGUCGACUCUGCCAGGAGAGAGUGUUCUGGGAGGGAGGGGUUUCACCCUACGGCGACAAACCCAACAAGCUGGAGAGGGAAAACACCUGCAAACUACUGCACACACAGGACUACCUCACAGAGUUGCAGAGCUAUGCCCUCCACGGCCGGCCCCCUCCACGUCUCCAGGUGCUGCUGAGCUUUGGAGACGAGUGUCUGGACCCACAGAGACCAAGGAGGACCCUCACUGUGCAGGUGGAGCCCCUGUUCACCAGGCAACUCCUGUACUAUGCCCCGCACCAACAGACAAGCGGACACUACUACCGCAGCUACGACCUUCCUAUCCCCGGGGUCACGGAACACAGCCUCACACCUAAUGUAUCUGAGGAAUACCAGAGGGUCAUCACACAUCACCAUAGCAACGCCCUAAUGGACUGACUGAUUGGACCACACUGACCCCAGCUGGACUGCGGUGCUGUAUAUUAGGGAAAGGAGGAAAGGUGGAGAUGGAAGUUGGAAAGUUGGGAGUGGAAGAGAGUUUUUUUCAUGUUAUGCUGGAAACCAGAUUUCUGUUAAAGCUGAAGAAUUUUGCCACUCCAAUUCAAGCCCGAUGGAACCAAACUAAGCCAUGCCACGGAGGAACAUAUUCUGGGACCACUUGAGAGACUAGAACAGAUUUUGUAUUGUAGUUUCAGUGUUAUGGACCAAACUGUAUUUAUGCCACUCUCAGGCAGCCACCUGUUGGCCUUAAAGACUCACAUUUGACAUUUUGCAAUGUCCACAACUGACAGCUAUAGUGAUUGUAUCAAUGUGUGAGUUGUGUUUCUGAAUGUGCUUUUCAUUGUGAAUGUCUAGCAUUGACAUAACGUUAUUGAGAUGUUUUUGUAAAUAUGACCUUUAGAUAAGCUUUUUACUGAAUAAAAAAUCAAAGGUACUAAUGCAAAAAGGUGACAUCUUUUGAGACAUGCAUAGCCAAACUGUUAGAGGGCUCAUGUGAGACAAGGGAUUUGUGAGGAAGUGACAUUCUUUGUGUGUGUGUGCAUGUGUGUGUUUGUGUGCGUGUAUGUAUGUACAGGAAGCCUGUUUCAGAUGCAGGAUGAUGCUGGUUAAUCAAGCAGACACAAGAGAACGCUGUCAAAAACAUGUGUGAUUACAUCACCAGGGAAGGAGGAAGAGGUUGGCCACUCUUUCCGCCUCAGCAGGGCCUUGGUACUGAAGAGGGUUUAGAACUGUUUCCUGACGUGGCUUCGACAAGCCCAACUACAUUUCCACGUUCAUGGAAGAACAGUGAAAACCCCAGAGAAACACAUCAACGUUGCUUGUUAUUCACAGUAUAAUGUGAGGUAAAAGAGCAUAAUGACAUCAGUUAUUCCGCACUGAAAUACAUUAGGAGAAAUCGCUGUCACUGGAUUCACUGAAAGGCUUUCACACGUGUUAUACAUUGACAUAAAAUCAUUGCAUUAAAGGAGACGCUCAC